AGGAUUGGCCCAAAGGAGGAUUUUUUCCACUGUUCCAAGUGCAAUUUGUGCCUCAGCGUGAACCUGCGGGGGAGGCACAAGUGUAUUGAAAACGUCUCCAGGCAGGAGUGUCCCAUAUGUUUGGAGGAUAUCCACACCUCUCGUGUUGCAGCUCACGUUCUGCCAUGUGGUCACCUCCUCCACAGAACGUGCUACGAGGACCUGCUAAACGUAGGGUACAGGUGCCCCCUGUGCAUGCGCUCGGCCGUGGACAUGAGGCAGUCCUGGCAGCAGCUGGAUGAGGAGGUGGCACGGACCCCCAUGCCCCCCGAGCACCACAACAGGCUGGUGGAGAUCCUUUGCCACGACUGCAGCGCCCGCUCCUCCGUGCAGUUCCACUUCCUGGGCUUGAAGUGCAGAGCCUGUGGGUCCUACAACACCGCCCAGGAUGGGAAAUCCCAGCUGCCUUUGGAGGAGCAGUGA